UGUGGAUGCUGGUUUAAUAGUGCACGAUUCCGAUUUCAAAAAAUGGGCCUUGCAUGCUCAAAAAGAAGUAGGGCAUACUGAUUUUCGUUUCAAAGCAUCUCGUACGUGGAUAAACUCAUUCAAAGCAGCUCAUCGUAUCGUAUCGAGAAAAAUUAAUAAAUUCAUUACAUCCAAAACAAUUGAAGAUGGAAAAGUCUUGGAACAACAAAGUCAAAAAUUUGUCUAUGACGUAAAGCAAAAUAUUAGAACGUACGAAUUGUCAAAUAUAUUUAACGCAGAUCAGAGUGGCUUCCAACUAGAAAUGCAUUCAGGAAGAACUUUAGCGAUCGAAGGAGAAAAGCAAGUACAAUGUCUUGUGCAAUCAGUCUCUUCUACGACUCACAGUUACACUAUUCAGCCGACUAUAUCAGCUGACGGCAAGCUGCUAUCUCCUCUAUUUUUAGUUUUAAAAGAACCAACUGGCAAGAUUGGUCCAUUAGUGGAGAAAACGCUUUUCAGACCCGAUAAUGUGUACAUAGAAGUAUCCAAGUCUGGGAAGCUUACUUCAGAUCAUUUUAAAAUUUGGUUGGAGCAUGUAUUUUUCCCGAAAGUUGGCCCAAAAUCAUUAUUACUGAUUGAUUCUUGGACUGGACACUGUCCCCAAGCUGUACUUAAUGUGAAACCUUCAAAUAGAGAUGUCAAAGUAAUGAUUAUACCUAAAGAAACUACCGGAAAAAUCCAACCCCUCGAUGUUUUUGGAUUCCGAGUAUGGAAAAAUUUUGUUAGACAUUUUUCUGAUACUUGUCUAUUGAUGAAUUAUAAUAUUGAUUUGCAUUUGAGAAAUAAUAUCAUAAAGCUGCAGUCACUCGUUCAUAACCAACUGUCGUCACGACAUUAUAUAGAUCUUUUCAAAUAUUCUUGGUACAAAAGUGGUUAUAUAGAAGAAAAACCAGCCAAUUUUGAAAAUCCUGUAGACUUUGCAUUUGGAGAUUCUUGCAACUCACAUUGUGAAGUUCCAGGAUGUGAAAAUGUUGCUAUUGUUCGCUGUUCCUGGUGUAAAAAGUAGCUAUGUUUUAAACACUUUUUCGAUGACUAUCAUUACUGCAGUACUUACAACGGCUAAUAGAGCAUACGAUUAUAUAUUCGCUUCUAUUUAUUGCUGUUGACAUAUUAUCAAUAAAAGAUAUAAGCAUAUUGUA